AUGCCUUUUCGAGGUGAUUCGCAAUUGACAUCACUGGCCAACGAUCUGGACGGAUUUCAAAUACACAGUUCUGGAUCAAAGGCUGCCAUGAGGCCCGAGCGGAGGGCCUUGCAUGAUCAAUCAAAGCUGUGUGUCUCAUCUAAACGAUUGUCAUUGAACGUGCCUUUAGAUCCGCAAUUCAGCUCCAAGAUUCCCACGCGCUCGCCCUCAUCGAAGUCUCUCAAACUGAUAGACUCUCCACACGCAGAUAACUCAAGGCUACCUGUUGCCAAAAGAUACUACAGCGACUCCAAACACGCACACAGAAAAGCCUUCGCGAAUCCUCCGUCUGGACUACCAAGUUCAAAAUCGAUGCACCACAUCAGCUUGCACACUUCGUCUGCUCCGUCCUAUCUGAAUCCUACAUUGUCGUCAUUGAGCAGGUCGAGACACGAAAAGGAGAACGUUCCGUUGCAGAGAAGACAAAGCAUGAAACAGGCCCCAGCUCGAGGAAUGGUGUCGUCGUCGAGUGUUGCUGAUCUACAGAUUUUGAAAAAGCCAGAUAGAAAGCCAGGGAACAAUCGUCCUCAAAUUGCGCCUGCCCAUCGAAUUUCAUCCACUCCUUCUAGCAGGCUGCGACGCAGACGUAUUUCCUCGGAGGAAGAACUACACAAGCUGAUGGAGACCAGCUCGAGAUUUGCCAGCCAAUUCCGGCAAGUUUUGCAUUACGCCUUUCAAGGUCGCCAUGAGAAGCUACCACACAGUCCCCAAGAUUUGGCGACGGCGGACCCCGGCAUGUACCAGCAGCUGACUGUGUACGAACGAGGUGAAAUUCUGAGGAAGAGAGAAAUCUAUUUCACGGGAGAGAGAAGCGUCAAGGCCCGAGUUGACAGUCAAAAUUACAGCUGUAAUUUUGGUUUUGAUGACGUGAAGAAAGACUACAGGUGUGCUGUUGGAGACCAUAUCAAUUACCGCUACGAAAUUCUGGCGAAGCUUGGCAAGGGAUCCUUUGGUUCUGUCAUAUGCGCCAAGGACCACAAGACACAGCAGCUGGUGGCAAUCAAGAUAGUGAAAAACGAAAUGGACUGGUCUGUCCAGGCUAUGAGUGAGAUCAAGUGCAUGAAGAGCCUCAGCGGACGCUCGCCCAACAUAGUUCAGUAUUUUGAGCAUUUUCAUUUUAGAUCGCAUAUCUGCAUUGUCACAGAACUGCUUCUCAUCAACCUUUAUGAGCUCAUUGAAUUAUCAGGGUUUAGAGGGCUGAGCCUGGGAUUGUUGAAGAAGUUUGGAAAAAACAUUUUACAUGGGCUGCGAUUCAUCCAUGAGCAGAACCUCAUUCAUUGCGACAUGAAACCAGAGAACUUGAUGCUGGCUUACAAUCACCAGCUUGGGUUCCACGUCAAGGUGAUAGACUUUGGGUCUUCUUGCGAGCAGGGCCGCCCCACAUUCUCCUACUUGCAGUCUAGAUUCUACAGAGCGCCCGAAGUAUGUCUCGGAGCCAGGUAUGACCACAAGAUCGAUAUUUGGUCUUUUGGAGCAAUCAUGGCUGAACUAUAUACAGGGACCCCGAUCUUCUAUGCCAAAGACGAGUACGAGCUUGUUGACUUUUUUAUCUCCUACUUUGGUCCUCCUCCUAGGGGUUACAUUCUUGAACUUCGCACACAACUACUAAAGGAAGGGCCGAUCAUUAACUUAAACAGACCAUCUACAAACUCUGUCAAUUUCCGCACACUGUUGUGGAGAGCAUUCAACGAUGACGGAUCACUAAAUACGUCAUAUCUGCAUUCAAAGAAAAGUGGUUGCAAGUUCAAGCCGUCUUCUUGCAGCCUGUCUCGACAACUUGCUCGCUAUUGUACCGAGCCCGGCACUACGUUUGAGCACUUUGUUGAGAUGCUCAGUGGCUGCCUCACAUGGUCACAUCACCGGAGACUUGACUGCGAUAAGCUUCUUUCCGUGCAUUUUUAUCACUAA